AUGCAAAUUUAUAUGCUCAAGGAGGUUACCAGCAAGUUCCAUCCAUACCUCCAGGGUACCAUGGUGUUGCUUACCAAGGUAACAUGGGGCAGUACCCUUCGGGAGCAUUUGGAGCAGGCUCAAGUAGCAGUCCAGCUUCUCCUGCUGGAUGCAUACCUUUUCUUGGAUCUGCUAGAGGCACUAGUUCAAGAGGAGAUGAGAACAGUCCAGUUGGAUUUAGUUCUCCCAUGUCACCUGCAUAUCAUGUGGAUGAAGAUCCGGCUGUCAGUAAUCAAGAUGGCAGUGAUAGUAGUCCUGAUGAGAUUCAGAAAAAAAGGAAAAGGCAAGAACUGGAGUAAGCGUGAGGAUGAACUUCUCAUAGCAGCUUGGGUGCACAAUUCAUGUGAUCCGAUUGAUGGAAACUCCAAAAGGGCAGAGACCUAUUGGAAGGAAGUCGCAGCAGAGUACAACAAAUAUGCAACAAAAGAGCAGAAGAAAACAGUUGGGCAAUGCAAGAACCACUGGACCAAGACCACAAAGAAGGUUACAAAGUUCAAUGGUAUCUACAAUGUUGAAAAAAGUACAUGGCCUAGUGGGAGUGAUGACAAGCAACUUAUGGAGAGGGUACGUGCCAAAUACAUGAGUGUUGCCAAGACAAAAAGACCCUUUCCAUAUGAGCACUGGUGGGAGUACGUGAGGAAAGAGGCUAAAUGGAGAAGGUCUUAUUCAGUUGAAGAGAUGAACAAAAGAAACAAGUUGAAUGCAUUAGGAGCUUAUAGUUCUCCAACCCAGGCAAUAGAUGAGGAAGGUGAACUUCAACGACCCCCGGGACGCAACACUUCAAAAGACGCAAAAGAUAAACAUAAGUCAUCAAGCAAGUCUAAAUGCUCUGGAAGCUUGACAAGUGAGAGUGUGGACAAAUUUAAUGAGAUUCAACUACGAAAAUCAAUUGCUGCAGAGAAAAUGGCCGACGCCACCCUUAUUCAAGCAGAAGCCACAAAAGUUCAAGCAGAAGCUGAGAAUGAAAGAGUUGAAACUGAGAAGGAGAAGAUAAAGAUUGCAGCACAACAGAUAGGUACGUCCAAUGAACACAGAAGACUACCUAGAAGACACCUUGAUAGAGAUAGGCAAGGUGGUGAGGAUAGGCUGAUGGCUGAUUACUUCUCAGAAAAUCCAUUGUACACUGACAAGCAAUUUAGGCGUAGGUUUCGUAUGAGGAAGCAUUUAUUUUUACACAUUGUCCAAACUCUUGGCGAGUGGUCUCCAUUCUUUACUCAGAGGAGUGAUGCAUUUGGCAAGCCUGGCUUUUCUCCCUUGCAGAAAUGCACUGCUGCUAUGCGAGUGCUAGCAUUUGGGACACCUGCUGAUUUGUUUGAUGAUAACUUGAGAAUGGGUGAAACCACAAUCAUCAAGUGCAUGACCACAUUUUGCAAGGGUGUGAUGGAGAAGUUUGGUCCAGAAUAUCUUAGAAGGCCCACUAACGAAGACAUACAACGCUUACUUCAUGUAGGGGAGGCCCGUGGCUUUCUUGGCAUGUUGGGAAGUCUUGAUUGCAUGCACUGGACAUGGAGAAAUUGUCCAGUGGCUUGGAAGGGAAUGUUCACUCGUGGCGAUCAUGGAGUUUCCACAGUCAUGCUCGAAGCUGUAGCCUCACAUGACCUAUGGAUAUGGCAUGCAUUUUUUGGGGUUGCUGGAUCAAGUAAUGAUAUCAAUGUCCUAGACCAAUCAACUUUGUUUACUCAAGUGUUGCAAGGUACAACUCCAAAGGUUCACUUUGAAGUCAAUCACAAUGAGUAUAACUUGGGAUACUACUUAGUAGAUGGCAUUUAUACGGAAUGGGUGACAUUUGUGAAAUCAAUCCCUAUGGCUCAAAGUGAGAAGCACAAGUUAUAUAAAGCACAUCAAGAAGGAGCAAGGAAAGAUGUAGAGCGGGCUUUUGGUGUUUUGCAAGCUCGUUUUGCUAUAGUUCGUCAUCCAGGGCGUAUGUUGCAAAGGUGUGCUCUUGCUGAGAUCAUGUAUGCUUGCAUUAUAUUGCAUAACAUGAUCGUUGCAGAUGAGAGGCACACCUACAAGUGCUAUGACAAAUAUGACUGUGACUAUGAAUUGCUACAAGGCGCCCAAAUACCAUAUCUUGAAACUGAACAAGGACCAUUUGAUGGGUUUGAUCUGGUUCUUGAGACAGAUGCUGCCAUUCGGGAUCGAUCCACACAUCGUCGUCUCAAGGCUGAUUUGGUUGAGAAUAUUUGGCAAAAGUUUGGAGGAAAUGGACAUUAG